UUUGAGAUCAUGGCUGGCUAUCUCUUAGCGUCGUGCUUAACAAGGAGGAUGAGCUCCUACACAAUCGGGCUGGGACUGCACAGUCUCGAGGCCAACGAAGAGCCAGGCAGCCGGAUGGUGGAGGCCAACUUCUCCAUACAGCACCCAGAGUACAACAAACCCUUUAUCGCCAACGACCUCAUGCUCAUCAAGUUGCAAGAGUCGGUGUCCGGGUCUGACACCAUCCAGAACAUCAGCAUCGCCUCCCAGUGCCCGACUGCUGGGGAUUCUUGCCUCGUUUCUGGCUGGGGUCAGCUGGUGAAUGGCAGGCAGCCCCAAGUGCUCCAGUGCGUGAAUAUCUCGGUGGUGCCCGAGGAGAUCUGCAGUGCCUUCUACGCCCCCGUCUACCACCAUAGCAUGUUCUGCGCUGGCGGAGGACAGGACCGAAAGGACUCCUGCAAUGGUGACUCUGGGGGCCCCCUGGUCUGCAACGGGUCCCUGCAGGGCCUCGUGUCCUUUGGACAAGCCCAGUGUGGCCUACCCUACGUGCCAGGAGUCUACACCAACCUCUGCAAGUUCACUGACUGGAUACAGAAAACCAUCCAGGACAGUUAACUCCUGGGACUUGGACCCAAGAAACCGAGCCCCCAGUAUAUGUUGUAGAAGGGAUUCAGGACCCUGGGUGUCCAGUGCUUUCCUGCCUGAGACCCAGGAGUUUACACUCCCAACUCCCUCCUCCCUUAGCCCCAAGAAUCCAGUCCCACCAAGAAUCUUUUCCUGUACACAGUGCCCCCUAGUGGCACAAUGUUGACCCAGCCUUACCAGUGGCAGAGGGGGUUGGUUUUUCAUCUUUUUUGUCCUCUUCUCUUAAGCCCAGAAAUAAAAAUUUAAAAGAAUCUCAGGCUCUGUUUGAACUGUCCUCCUUGCUUCCAAUCCUAUUUAAAGGAUUCCAACAAAUAACUUUUCCUUCUUGGGAACCAGGAGAGCAACUGGAUUCCCAAGGGAGGAGAUAUGCUUGAGAGGUUAAGAGAAACUGAUUCUGUGGAUGUCCAAUUUCAAAAAAGCCAAGUCAGCAAAUGGCCAGUUAAUGAGAUUUUCUUGCUUAGUUGUUGUUGUUGUUUUUAACUUUGGUUAAUCUGUUUUGUUUUUGUCUUCUUAAACGCAUUCGAAGAACUUUUCAUUUGAAUCUGCCUCAGAAUCCUCCUCCUGGAACUGGGGCAUGAUGGGAAGGAUCACGGAGAGAUAUGGAGACGGAGGGCAGAGAUGGUGGGAGACUGAGGGCCCAGGAAUAUUUGGAAUUAAAAAAAAAAGAAUAUUUGGAAUUGUUAUCAUACUCUUCGUUGAUAUAUUAUAUCCAUAAGAAUACACUGCUAAGAAUGUCUAUUCAAGAACGAGUUAAUAAAUAUAUUAUUUGGGAAUCUAUUCAUCUGGAGAUAUUCCUCAAAAUACAUAAAGUAAGGAGUGAAAUAACUAAAAGUGAAGUAAACAAAUUCCCACUCUUAAAAGAGGAUUUAAAGAUGGCUCUUACAAAAUAAUAGAACAGGAGCCCCUGGCUGGUGCAGUUGGUAGAACACCUGACUCUUGAUCUCAGGGUUGUAAGUUUGAGCCCUGAGUUGGACAUGGAGC